AUGUGUUUUUCUAGUGUUGAUAACGAGACUGAGAAUUUCAUGCAGGAAAUCAUCAAUGCUGAGUUUUCGACUCAUACUGUCUUGGCGGUUGUACAUCGGCUGAGGUUCAUCAGUUAUUACGACCGUAUCGCUCUCUUGGAUAAUGGUAUCUUGAUGGAAUUCGACUCGCCCGAGGCGCUUAUGUCUACUGAUUCUCAAUUUAAGACACUUCAUGACCCUGGGAAGCUGUGA